UAUUUUUAGGUCACGGUAAACGGCCUAGCUUCGUAUACAGUACGUAAAAUGUUUUGAAAUGUUCAUUCAACUAAACUACCUGUGCCGAUAAACUGCUUUUAUACUAUGAAAGAUAUAAUCUGCCUUAAUAAGUUGUUGGGUAAUUUUAGUUCCGUCUUCAAAUUAAUUUAGUCUCCUUUACAUUUUAAGUUGUUUUCAUUAAAUCGGAACAGGGUAUAUAGUUUAAGAAUCUUACAGCUUCGUUGGAAGGGAAAGCAGUCAGUCAUGUUUUAGGCAAAAGUUAAAGCAACAAAAUUCAUAAACAUUAAAACAUUAAACAUUAAACAGUCAAAGCAAACUUGUGCUAUAUUUCACGAUUAAUUUCCCAUAGUAAAUCAAUUCUUCUCAUUUCUUCAAUAUAUAAAGUUCGUCAUAUAUGAAACGAUUUUCCAAAAAUAUGUCUUUGAAAAUUGAAAUCUUGCUUAUCCCACUCCUGGCAAGCAGCCAUAUUUUUGAGAUCAGUGACGAGGUCCACCCAAUCACCGGCAUACACCACGAACCUUGACACCACUUUAGACUUCGCAAAUGGUUUCCUUUCCUGGGUGUAAAUAGCUGGGCGGAAUUAGUACCCUCGCCCCGGGCUUACGCCCAGAACUAUCUUUGCCUAUCUUAUUCGUAAAUAAUACUCCCUUCGGAAAAGUACUCAGCCUUAGCUACUGAGCGAUAACUAAUUUAUUUUUUUUGUUUCAGUUAACCAAAUCUGACAGCUAGUGUUUUCACAGUGUUACACAUUUUCAAAAUCAUACAGUUAUAUUAGAUAGUAUAAAAGACCUUUAUAAUUAAGGCAUCGGUGACAAGACAAAGGGCCCAAAAGCCGAUAUAGUCUGUUAAGCAAAGUAUGCUUUCCGCGGAAGGGUGAGUUUUAAGCAACAGUUCAAAGUGCAAAGAUCCUAUAUUAUCUUCUCUUCCUCAAAGGCCUUCGUGAUUACAGCACUCUUCUCAGAAUCUGCCCACCAUUACUAAAAUGUAGCAAACAUGGUAUUUGCUUAUAACUAUUCAGAUUUGAUUUUUUGACAUAAUUAUUUAUUGCCGCAAUUUUAUGGCGGAUUUAUUCAGAAUUGAAAAACCUAAAGACCUAUAAUACUUUAGUCAAUAAAUUAGGAAACCACAAAAACAUACCAUAGUUCAUUCUAAGAAAUAUCAUCAAAAGCGAAAACGCUGAGUCGAAUAUAUUUCAUAUCUUCCGGAUCCUCCCAUCGUGGGCGAAAUCCCAUGACUUCCCUUCAUUUUAACUACUCUAAUUUUAUAAAUGACAUGUAGCUAUUUCGUAAUGCUUUUUUGCUAUAUAUAUCCCAGUCUGUUCAUGAACAUCAACAGCAGAAUUGAGUAGGUACGUGUGAGUAUAGCAUCAGCUUGCUGCCAAGAAUAAUAGUUGAACUUUAACAGCGUUGAAGCAACAUUGACCAGAAGAAUGAUAAUUUGGAUUUUUAUCAUUUUUCUUUAUUCGCCGUGUGUUCUUGGAGAAAAGGAGCUGUGGUGUAUUGACAAUAAUGGUGUCUCAACAGGUAACUGAAAGUCUGAAACCAACAUUUUUGUAAAUAAGCGUUUUAUUUAACUUACUUUUAUGAUAAUUUCUGUGGCUAAGUCGUUUUAUCGUUUUCACUUAUAUAGCUUCGCAUACGGCGAUUCUAGAGUACAUAAUUGAAAGACUGCAGGUCCUAUACAAGACAAGUGUUAAACUGUAACGAAACUACUAGAGCACUUACAUGUCGUUUCCACGAGACCAUCAUCUAAUAUCGCACUUUUUAUUGAGCAAUUUUAUUUUACUGCCAUGUACCUUAACUAAAGAACAAAAAUCCCAAAUAUUUUCGUAAAUACACAUAGAAAUAAUAGUUUAAGGUUGAUUUUGUUUUCUGUGAUAAUUAUAUGAGCAGACUUUCUGACAUCCUUGUGUAGAUAAGUAGGAUAAGAGUAGGACUAGAAUUUUAGUAAAAGUAGGAAUAAAGUAGGAAAAUGUGUAGAAAAGUAGGACAAAAGUAGGAGUUUUUGGAGAUCCAAAUAACACAAAAAUAUACAAAAUUGGCACCCUAGGAUAUAUGUGGUACCAUAUGUGGAUAUAUGUGAUACCAUUAGUUAUCUGAUGGGGCCGGGAAGUUGUGUGCAUUUUUGGUGCUCAAUAAUUUUUUGUACCCAUUCAUCUAGCAGGAUUUUUUUCUCAAAAUUUUUAAAUUUAGAUAUUAAUAUAGACAAUGAAUGUUGGCAUCGGUAUAAAAGCUAAGGCAUCAUGCAAAUUGCGUGCGAGUGCAUGUAUUUGGCUGCGCCAUACACCUUAAUCCGCACUGUGAUGCAGGAGCCCAUGAUGCUUGAUUAACUGGGGGGGGAAUGAAUAUUUGGAAUCUAGUGAUUGUCGGAAAUAGCAUUUUCAGAGUCUUCAUUAAUUCAUUGAUUAUGAUUCUAGAAAUGCUAUGGAAUUUUAUGCUCGGAAAAUGUACUUCCUCUCUUGUUGAGAUCCUAUCAUCUGGGAGACUGGGACACAAAUAGGGAAAAAUUACGAGUCCUAUAGAUCUAAUUGCGAGAGCUAUAACAUACUGAUUCCCCAAGCUGUCUGAAAAAAGUAGUAUUUUAUGAGAAAAAGUAGGAAAAUCAAGCAAUUUUUAAUAAAAAAUAGGAAAAGUAGGAAAGUUGAAGAAAAGUAGGAAAAAGUACGAAAAGUAGGACGGCAAGAAAGCCUGCCAGAUGUUUUCCUUAUGUUUACCUUCUGUUCAUCUGUUAAUAAAGCCAUGCAUGUAAUGAAUAUUGGGUAAAUUUUUGUCCUCCCCCUAAUUUUUUCCUCCCGUACGCUUAUAGCGGGAGCUUUGUAUAGGAUAAAACCGAGAAGGAGGAAUGUAUGUGGCCACCAACUUUCGAGGUGUUAUCAUAUCUAAUUCACGGUUAAUUGAGGAGUUUUUCCAACAAAGUUUUGUCUGUUUCGUCCGCUUUGAACGACGAUUGUAUGCGUUUUUCUUCAUUUUUCAGAUAAUUAAUAUUCAAGGUGAUUAUUAAACAUAAUCACCUCGGUACAUCAAAGAAAACCGACUCAAACAUGCAUGAAUUAAAAUUGUGUAGAACGAAUAUAACAUAAUAUAUUUACUAUUGCAGCAUCCCUAACGCCUACCCUCGAGGACGCAUCAGGCCAGGAUGAAAUCUUCACUGUUAAUGAUAGAGUAAUGUUGUAUUGUUGCUUUACAAGUAAACAACCAGUUCAAGUAAAAUGGUACAAGGAUGACAUUCCUCUCAAGAUAGGAGCAAAAUAUCAGUUUGACGAAAAUAAUCAAGUUUUUUCCAUUGUAAAUGGCAGUAAGCUCGAUAAUGGCGCAUACCGUUGUGAAGGCUCAAACCAGCAUGGCCGACAAUCAUGGAGCAUAACAGUUUCUAUACGUCGUAAGGAUUUUUUCAUUAAUAAGGGAGGUGGCGGGUGGAGUAGUGAGUAGUCUGCAUGGCAGGCAGUCGUCCCGCCGCGGAACACCUAUAAAAGACUGGCGAGGCCGAGGCGAAGGAAGCGGAAGACCGUCUGCCUGCUUUGGCUGUGUAAUCGAAAUUCCCGUCCACUAGUGAAUGGCAAUUGAUGAUUAGCUGUACUGUUAAAUGUUUUUACCGCUGUUAAUCAAGAGGAAAUAUGCGUUAAUGUACAAUAACUGAUCUAUUAAUCACGCAAUAACAAACGUUUGCAAUUUAAAAACUUCUAUUGGCUUCUAUAAAAUGCCAAUUAUACUGUGGGCCCUUUUACCUAACCCACCCUGUCAACAAUUAUCUGGCAAUGCAAGCAACUGUUCAUUUACCGUUGUGCUAAAUAAUUAUUUUACUAUUUUGUAGUGCCCCCAUGUUAUCAAAGACCGACUGUAUACAGCCUUCAAACAAAUGUGACAGUAAAAAAGGGAACAAAUGCUACUCUGACAUGCAUCGUGCAGUUAGAGAAGGAUUGCAGUGCACAGGCUCAAGCAUUUUAUUGGAGAAAUCCACAAGGAAGGAUUAUGAUCAAGAAUACAAACACUCUGACAAGUACUGGUCGUAACAAAGAUGUUCUUAUGAAGAUUACCAUAAAGGAUGUGAAGAAAAGCCAGAUAGGAACUUACAAAUGCAUCGCGCGAAAUGCACAUGGCAAGUCAUCCAGUGGAGUGUGGCUUAAUGUGGAAUGAGUGUUAUCGAGCGAAAACUGUACAUUCCACCGCGACUUAUAGUUUUCAUGCACGUAUACGUUAUUGUUUAAUAUAUAUUUUCAAUCAGAAUAAUUAUAAAGGAUUAGAUUAAACUAAAAUUAAUUUUCAUCCCCUGUAAUUGGCAUAAUUAAUGUUAACUGAAACACAGUAAAAGUUAGUCAGGAAGUGAAUUAUGUACUAUUUAAAAUACGAUUAUCAAUUAUUAUUUUUUAAAUGGACACUAUAUAAUAAACAGCAUUAGUAACAAGCAAAACUUACGUACUGAACGUCAAACAGUUCAGUUCUCUUUGGCGUACUAAAUCUCUUUUCUAAUAGCAUUAUUAUAAGAGUAAAAUAAACAUAGCCUAUACUUUUAAUUUGGUUUGCCGAUUGAAGAACCUAUCAAAAAUGAAAAUGUUUUGAUGUAUUCAUGAC